GGUGCUGUGUGCUCUCACUUCCUUGCCUCUGCAUCUAAUUUCCUUACAAUCCUUGGAGCUAUCUAGUCCUUGGUCAGCCUUCAACAAGGUUAUAUCAGGAGAGAGAGAGAGAGAGAAGGGAAAGGCAUGCUGAGUGUGCUACAGAGCAGAGUACCGGCAGUUACGCAGAAAGAAACCAUCUCAGCGCUGCUCCUCUUCAUUUGUAUUUUAGAGGUGUUUUUUUUUUUAUAUAUAUAAAUCCCACCCCCCUCCCCAACAUGGAGAGGUAUUGUAAGCCCUGAUGAUAUUCGAGGACAAUGUUAGCUGGUCUUAAGAGGAAAGAUAAGGUGAUAUCCUUUUACUGAGCUGCAGUCAGAGCUGUUGAGAGGGCAAUACGAUAGAAGAAAUACCAGGAGAGCCAGAUCAAGCCGGCACAUUGCCUAGCCUGCAGUCGUACUGCCUGUGUGUUGCAUGUGAGCAAUUUACUCAGAUUGCACCUGUAAUGACAUGCUGUCUGAAAUACCUUUGAGAUCGUGAAACACAGAGUUUGAGGGAUUUCGUUUUGAACUGAGCAGCGCUGGAGGUUAGGUGAAAUUGGACGUGUUUGUUUCACAUUGGUAGUAAGUGAGUGUUGUGGUUUUAAAAAUCUGUUAGCUGCAGGAAGGAAACACUUGAACAGAGUAAGCGAGAGAAAGAAAGAGUUAAGAAGAGUUUUGUUCUUUUGUUUCGUAACUAGCUGAAAGUGGGACGGGUGUUUGAGUUGAAGCUUAUGCCAUUCGGACUGAUAAGAAUAUCCUCUGGAGACGCUAGUAAAAUUCCUGGGCGAUGUGGCAGUGUUUCUGUUGAAGACACUCUAGAGGGGAGGAUGAGGAGACACUAGCUACGGCUGACUUGUUUAGAAUCGGUUUCCAAACCUCAGCCGUGGGGUCCGGCUAGCCCUGAUUAAACUGGGACGGGAGAGUGUGAGUGAGCAAGCAGGAUGCAUCUGGUGGUGGAGUCCUCGCAAGACGCCGUGCUGAAGAUGCUGCCCUGUUUCGUGGAGAAUGCUGUCUUGACCCAGAACGAGAUCUGCCGAAUCCUGAGUGAGAGCUUCUUCAUGGUAAAGGGAGCAGCCCUCUUUCUUCAGCAGGGGAGCAGUCCACAGAGCCAGAAGGUGCACCCCCAUCACAAACAUGCAGGUGAUUUACCUCGGCACCUUCAGGUGAUGAUCAACCUUCUCCGAUCAGAAGACAGAAUUAAACUGGCUGUGCGCUUGGAGAGUGCGUGGUCAGACCGGGUCAGGUAUAUGGUGGUCGUUUACAGCAACGGUCGCCAGGACACAGAGGAGAACAUCCUGCUGGGCAUGGACUUCACCAACAAGGAGAGUAAAAACUGCUCAAUCGGAAUGGUGCUGCCGUUGUGGAGCGACACCAAGAUCCACCUGGAUGGAGACGGAGGGUUCAGUGUGACCACAGCCGGAAAGACACGCAUCUUUAAACCAGUGUCGGUUCAAGCCAUGUGGUCGGCCCUGCAGAUCCUGCACAAAGUCAGCGAGGUGUCCCGUCGGUACAACUACUUCCCAGGCGGGAUGUCCCUGACCUGGACCGGGUUCUAUGAGAGCUGCAUCUCCUCAGAUCAGAGCUGCAUUAACGAGUGGAACACCAUGCGGGACCUGGAGACCACGCGGCCAGACUCCCCAGCCUUGUUUGUGGAUAAACCUACAGAGAGGGAGCGAACGGAGCGUCUUGUGAAAACCAAACUCAGGAGCAUAAUGAUGUACAAAGAUCUGGAGAAUAUAACCUCCAAGGAGAUCCGGACUGAGCUGGAGCAGCACAUGAACUGCAACCUGAAGGAGUAUAAAGAAUUUAUCGACAACGAGAUGCUGCUGAUCCUGGGCCAGAUGGACAAGGCCUCUCUGAUCUUUGACCACCUCUAUCUGGGCUCCGAAUGGAACGCCUCCAAUCUGGAGGAACUCCAGAGCUCAGGUGUGGGGUACAUCUUGAACAUAACCAGGGAAAUCGAUAACUUUUUUCCCGGCUUGUUUGCAUAUCACAACAUCCGGGUAUACGAUGAGGAAGCCACAGACCUGCUGUCCCAUUGGAACGACACCUACAACUUCAUAGUGAAAGCCAAGAAAAACCACUCCAAGUGUCUGGUACACUGUAAGAUGGGUGUCAGCCGGUCUGCAUCAACAGUCAUAGCUUACGCGAUGAAGGAGUACGGCUGGUCCCUGGAGAAAGCCUAUAACUACGUCAAACAGAAGAGGAGCAUCACGAGACCCAACGCAGGCUUCAUGAGGCAGCUGGCAGAGUACGAGGGCAUCCUGGAUGCCAGCAAACAGCGGCACAACAAGCUGUGGCGCCCUGACUCGGGCUGCGAUCUCCCUGAUGGCCAGCAAGCCUCUGCUCAGUGCUGUGGUGCCGACGGCCCAGGAGACCUGACCCCUGACUUCAGCGUAAGGCCGCCGGAGGAUGUGGUGGGGGGGGACGAGGCAGGACCCUCCCCCAGCAGGACCAUAGGGGAGGAGGUGGACCCUGCUGAGCCCCCCAACUACAACUACUACUUCAGACGGCUCUCUGACUCUGCGCUGGACAGCGAACCCUCGACCCCCGUCAGGGCACCCCCACUGCUUCACAUAGAGGGCGUUUACAUCAAGAUCGAGGACGUAGAGAGAGACGCCCUGCUGGACGAUGAGGGCUUCGAAACCAGAGAGUUCCCACCUCCCCACUUCACUGUGCCCGGGGAGGGGACGGCAGCACAGACUCUGGAGACCGACCUCCGGAAGAGACUGGAGUUCAGCACAGUGGAGGAGGAGGAGGAGGAGGAGGAGGAGGAGGAAGAAGCUGAGAUUGUUUCGUUGACGGGGGGAGGGGGAGAGGCCGUGGAGGGAGAGAAGGAAGAUGCUGAGCUGGCUCCGAGCUGCUCCCCCCUCGUCGGCUGCAACAGGCUCAACAACGAGAAUGCCAACAACAACAACCGCAUCAGCAGCAGCAGCGGCAAAAGAAGCUGCCCGCCUGGGUUUGACGACAGUGCUAACACCAGAAACAUCCACAAAGUCAAACCUCCAUACAAGUCCUGUACAGACUGCAUGCGCCCCCCCAACAGCCUGCACAGUCAAUCCAUGGUCUCCAAGCAUUCCCAAAGCCUUAACCCUGCGCAUCUGUGUAGCAUCCCCGCUGUCUGUGUGCAUUCCUCGGGCUCUGUGAUCCCCGACCAAGCCGCAAAGCUCACUGUCAUUAACACGUCGCCCUUGCCCGUGCUGAUCAGAGCCUCCGACAGUCACUGCUUGCCUAGUAACUGUGCCAACUGUGGUGUCUCAGGAACUGUGAUAGAGGCCCACCGUCACCACCAGGUGAAGCCCAUGAGCUGUUGUGGCCUUUCCGGGGACCCGCAGACACAUUUAGAGGUUGAAGCCAUGAAUGAAUUCUCGGAAGCAGGGAAGAAGACUGACGGGAAGGCUGCCAAAGACUUGAGGCUGCUGAAGCUCAGUCUGGAAGCUGAGAAGCCCAUGGUACCAAGCUACUUGAUGCAGCACCAGGAGUCGAUCAUGCAGCUGCAGAAAGCCGGGCUAGUCCGGAAGCACACCAAGGAGUUAGAGAAGCUAUCAGGCCAAUCCCUGGAGAGUGGCAAAGCCCCUGGCCAGCUCCGAGACUGUGACCAAAUGGACACCUCCUCUGGAGUAAUGGAGCUCUCUGUGGAGGGCCUUCUGGAGGAUAUGGAGAUAGAUUCCAGCAGCAGCAGCAGUGUCCUGACAGAGGUCUACCAGAAGACCUCUACCCCCUCCUCUGGCCGCUUGGAGCAGGUCGAGCCCCUAACCAGGGACCUCUUGAAGACGGUGGGCGUGCAGACUCCCGCGUUGUCCCCCCACGGCUCCACACUGACCCGCAGCUCCAGCAGCGACAGCCUCCACAGCGUGCGAGGGAAGCCUGGCCUGGUCAAGCAGCGCGCCCAGGAGAUAGAGACCAUGAUGCGUCUGGCCGGACUGACCGUCUCUUCCAGGCUGAAGAGGUCCAACUCGCUGGCCAAGCUGGGCUACCUCACCUUCUCCUCCGAGGACCUUUCUUCCGCCUGCUCCUCAGAAUCCAGUACCAUCCUGUUUUCCAAGCCCGAUGAAGGCAAGGAGAGCGAGAGCUGGCCGGUGGCGUCUGGUACCCACCGCAUCAUAGGCGUGCCGUGCCAGGCCAGCUGGCCAAGGAUGCCAUUCGGAGACACUUACCUGUCCCCUGACAGCUGACGUCUUUUAUCCAUCUUGUCGGUAGAGCCGGGUGACUCUUUUUGGAUGUUUCUUUCUUUCCUCGGAAGAUGAGGAAGAUGACAGAGAAUAUAAGUGAAAAGAAUUCUCUUGGGUUUAAAUAAAAAAGUUUAUUAAAUUGUAAUAUAUAUAUAUCAUUCCACAUCAUAUUUAAAAUAUAUAUAUAUAUAUAUCUCCAAAUAUAAUUUAUAGAUGGUUUUUGGCAUCAUUUCACUUUGAACUGUGAAUGUGUGCAGAUGAAACUAAAGGAAUACACGGUUGCCAACCCCUUAAGUGUGUUGUGAGGCUCAGGAUUGCCCACACCCAUUUCUUUUCAUCGGAAGCGUACCCAUUGACUGUAAUGCCCCAUUGGGUAAAACUGAAUCGUUCAGUGAAAGAGUGGACUAACCCCCACAAGCAUGUGGUAUGAGUUUAGUCCUGCACAAUGACGUCCCUUCAUUUCAGAUUUACUAUAGCUGUGUUCCACCUGGUAUACUAGUGCUUAGCCCACUCGCCACACAGAAGCGAAGUAUAUAGUGUGGACUUUAGAUCUGAUGGUGUCCAGAUGACCUGAUGGUUUUAGGAGCUUUAGGUCAGGCUGAUUCCUUGUACUUGAUCAUUUUCUUCUGAAAUUAUUCCUCCCCAUGUGUAUCGUGCUUCAUGCUUUUGAGGUUGGCAGUGUGCAGCCAGGGUAAUGGCUCCAGAAUGAUGCCAUUCUCCCUUGAUGCCAAGAGAAAAUGAACACAGCAAUCUAGAGUCCUGUCAUGAGCACAGCAAUCUAGAGUCCUGUCAUGAGCACAGCAAUCUAGAGUCCUGUCAUGAGCACAGCAAUCUAGAGUCCUGUCAUGAGCACAGCAAUCUAGAGUCCUGUCAUGAGCACAGAUCCUACGUUUCCUGUGACUGUUACGCUCCGUAGCUGUAAUGAAGUAUCUUUUUAUUUAUAUAUUUAUUUAUUUAUUCACUUUACAAAUUGUUCUUCAGAAAUUCCAGGACCAUUCUACCUCCAUCAUUUCACUGUAGGAAAGAGACUUAUCCUGGGCUCAUAACUAGAAAAGAAGGCUGCCUGUCCACUGGUCAUGUUCACAAACGUUUAUCUGAACCAGGGCCAGAUGAACAAAAAAAAACAUAACAUUUUAGAUAGGUACAUUUUCCACCGAAUCUUGCAAAAAUCAUGACUGUGCUUUAUCAGCUGUGCAGUGCGCUGAGGUAUUCUGUCUUUAUGUGCAUGUUUCUUUCGUUGCAAUGUGUUGCUGUGCACUGGCUUGCAUUGUGUCUGCACAAACUAGCAAAUCCAAAUUGUAACGCAGUGUAAUGUCUGCAUCUCAGCUGAGAAUAUAUGACUAUCCAGGAGGGGUCUGAUUGAAAAUACUUAGGCUGCAUUUCCUUUGUCCAGACUCCAGAAUUGCUUUGCUCAGGCAGACUCAUCUGUUCCCCUGUCCUCUGUGCUGCUUGUGCCUGUGUUGAGAACCAGUUUUGAACAGGGGAAAUGCAGCAUCAAUCCCUAAGGUUUCUCCACCAAGUCCUGGAGACUGGGAAGAGACAUGCUAAAAAAAAAAACUAAGAACCAGAGAAUCAAAUGUGCAUUUAAGUAGAAUUGAGAGAAGUGAUUUGAUAAGCAGGAAUCGUCUUUCAUGACUUAAUUGUGCUCAGUUUAACACAGUGAAUGAAGACUGCAUUAAAUUUAAAUUAGACCAGUGCCAUUUAUGUAACUAUGCGUGCUAUAUUUUGGUAUUUAAUCCCGUCCUAAAUAUACACAGUGUAGUAAAAGAUAAAUAAAAAACCCUAUACAUUACAGCCUUUUGGAAAUAAGGAGGUGAUAAUGAGAAGCUUUCACUCCAUUUAAAUACUGAAAAUCUGUGAGACUGCAAACCAGGCAGCUUCAGAACGGCAAGCUCUUCUUUUUAUUAUGUCUUUACAUAUAUUAUUAGAGUUAGGGUUUUAUUUUCCAUUCAUUGGAUAGUCCUUUCUGAUAAGGUUAUAUAUCACUGCUUUUCCUCUUUAAUAAAAUAAUCGCAAUAACAUCAGGCUGACUGUUAACUGGCCCAGCAAACCUUUACAGAGCACAAAGUCGUGUCUCCCUUCUCUUCAAUAGAUGUGCCAUCUCCUCGUAUUUAUGCGGUCCUUUGGGGUUCGGUUUGGCUUGGGGCGCGAGAGAUCUUGCUUUGAGGUCCCAUGUAGACAUCCUACUCCAAACAUGGAUUUCAGCACUGUUCCCUCCUCUAGCACAGUUUGAGAAGGGUCUUGGACAGCUGCUGCCCACUCUUGGCUACUCUGUGAAUAUGUUUUGAAGCAAGCCUUAACUACCCAGCACAGAAACCGUUAGGUACGUGUAUAUAUUUGUAGGAUCGAUGUAUUAUAAUGCAAGAUACCUGCUUAUCUGUAAUCCCUACUGUUCUCCUCUGCAGCAUGUCAGCACCUUGUAAGAAAAAUGUGUUUAGCGAACCAGGGGUACCGUUUUUUUUUUCUUCAUGAAAGUGUAAGCUGUGGGGCAGUGGUCAGUCAUUGAGUUCAUUCAUUAAUGUCUGCCAUUUGCCAAUGAGCAUUCCUUAUCAGGAGUUGAUGCAAAUCUGAUCUUAUUGAAACAUGUCUGUGGGUAAAGCUUUACUAUCGCCUUCAAACCCCCAAACCAUCAGAGUGCUUCCAUUUCAGUUUUCAGAGUACGUUAUUUGUCCACACCAUUCCAAUUUUCUAAGUCUCCCAUGUCUGUUUCUCUAAUUUAUUGUAUGUUUACAUAUCUGCACAUAAUAUGCAAGUGUGUUCAUAGGAAUUCUGUAUGAAACCUUAUGCUGUUCUGCCAUUGACUUGUUGUUCCAUACACUAUGCAGUUAAAUCAAUGUAUUAAACCUGUGUGUGUGUGUGGAAAUGUGCGUGCAUGCGAGCGUAACACAAAUGUUACAUGUUUACUGUGAAAUAUUUAUAAAGAAGUGUGUGGACAUUAAUGAAUGAUAACGAAAGAUGGGACAUAAACACAGAAACAGGCAUUCAACUAUACAGUGGUGAGAGAUGAUGGUGGUGUGGCUGUCAUCUUUAUUAGUUAUAAAUAAUGUGUGCGUUUGGUCUGUAAAAGUAAGAGGUCUACUGGCUGUCCUAUCUGGGUCGUUGCCUCAUUCACAACAGGGUUCCCUGGUCUCUGCAGUAAUAAAAGCAUUCUGUCUGCUGGUGUGUAUUAGUACUUGCCAUUGAGUAACAUCCCAGGUAUUAUGAACGGGUGGAUGCCAGCUGAUCUUAGGGUGCAUUCUUGCAGUUGAAACAUGAGUCUAGCCCUUGCCAUGUUUUUUCAAUAAUAACGCUGUGUUCUGUUUAAUGUUGUUGCAUGAAUGCCACUGCUGCUUUCCAUUUUCUUUCUUUUUUUUUCUGUGUAAUAUUUACACAAGUGCCUUAUUUCAUAGCUCCACGGGCGUUGUGCUUUGUACGUGAUACUGUGCUGUGGUAUUGGCUGUCAAGCUCCUUUCUUGCAAGAGAGUAUCGGUGAGGGAGAGCUGUGAACUGCGCCCUUCUCAUUACUCCACCUGUGGUCGCGCAGUCGCUAUGGUAACUUCCGCCAUCAUUUGUUGUUUUUUUUUUUUCCUUGAGGUGUUUCAGGCCCGCAACCCCACUCUUCCAAGAAUUCCUUUAUAAGAGUCUCUGCUUAGAGCGAUGAGUACUGUUGGUAAAGGCAAAUGAAUACUCUCCUAGUUCCUGAACUUCACGUACGGAAUUGCAAAUUCUCUUAACUGCUUGCUGUUACCCACAAGCUAUAAUUGUCAAGCUGUGUUUUCAAUUGAAAUGGUUUUAAAUCUCAACAGAUGUUACUAAAAACAAAACAAAAGGUGUAAAUUAGAUAGUAUUGAAGACAUAUUGGGCUUGAUAUGUGAUAGAGGGGAAUUUGCCUGUGAUCUGACCACGGAGGGAUAUAGGCCAAUUGUUGACAGAGUGGGGAAAGAGGACUUGCAAGAUUUCACUUCAAGUUUCAAGUUUCGCUCUGAUGUUUGUUAGGAGCCUCAUCACUAAAGGUGGUGAGCUCUGUUGUUGGAGAGGUGGCCCAGCACAAAAAAUAAAACUGUCCCUAUCUGGCCAAACUGACUGCUGUUUCAUCACUGACCAAGAUUUCCAGGAGCCCUAAAAGUUAAAAAAAAGAACAGGAUUGUGACUUUUUUUUUGGUCUGGAUGUCUUACUGGUUUUUGUUACCAUUUUCUUUUUAUAUUUAAGUAUGCAGUCAUUUAUUUUGUACUGUAAAUUUGCUGUAGUUUGAAUGCAUAUUGCACUUUUUUUUUUUUUUACAUUUGUUAAAAUAAUGUACUGUAUGUGUUUAUUAUGGAAAUAAACUUUUUCAUUCAGUAA